AUGAGCAAUAACGCUGAUACCAUUGACUACGCCGUAGUCGAAAGCCCGAAAGCAGACACUCACAUCCAUCAUCACAUCCUCCCCGGAUUCAGCGAGACUACCAACCUCGCGAGCACGAGAGAGACGAGCGCCCUCGAUGUGAGGCAUCUCCUCUUCGAACUCAGCGAGACUACCAUUUUCGAGAAUACAAGAGAGAAGAGUAUCAGCCUCGACAUGAAGCACACCCAUCUCCUCCCUGCCGCGCAGCACAACCAUAUCAGUAUCGCCCGCACACGCCACCACUCCCCCGUCGCCCAUCCUACUCUUCACCGCCUGCCCGACCCGGUCCCCCGCCUCUCACCCACCAUGCGCCCCGCCCCCCUCCCCACCCUCCAGGCAGGCGCAAAACCAUCCCUCGCGCCACCAAGCAUGGACCCGCAUCCGCAGCGUCACGCCGAGUAA